UCACCAAAGACAAACUAGCAGCCAGCCACACAACGCGGAUCCAGGUCAGCUGGGAGAGAUGGCGGCGUUCCACCCACAGCACCCUCUAGCAACAUGCUACUACAGCGAGGCGUCGAACUUCCACUGCGCCGCGUGCGAGCGCAGAGUCACCGGCGACGGCUACCGCUGCCGCAAGCGCGAGUGUGCCUUCCACAUCCACGAGGCGUGCGCCAAGCUCCCGUUCCAGACCUCCUUAGACCAGCACUGCCUCACUCUCACCGAAGCGGCCGGCAGCCGCCGGUGCUACGUCUGCGGGCAGAACGCGCGGCGCUAUGUGUACCGCUGCCAGUCAUGCGACUUCAACGUGCACCUCGGGUGCGUGCCGCAGCCGCAGCC